AUGGGAAACAAAUCCCGCUCUUCCCUUUUAUACCCGAGCCACGUGACAACGGCAUUUAAGGAGGAGUCAAAUCGACGCCUGCUUCGACUCCCCAGCCCGACACGUGGCGCAUGCCAACUGACGCAAAAACUGUAUGAACUGGGAGCGAGGAAGAUCGUCGUCUUUGAUGUCGCUGCGCCCGGGUGUUUACCAGCCAUGACGAACAGAAUUGCUUUCAGCUCCGUUUGCGAGGAACGAGUGAAUCAGCUCGUAAACGAAUACAAUCGCCUACUUCCACAGCUAGUGGAGGAUCUGAAAUGCCGCCUUCCGGGAACAGUUUCCAUUCUUGGACGAGUUUCCAAUUCUUUCCAAAACAUCUACCAAAAUCCUUCCAAAUUCGGGUUUAAAUAUACGAACAUUCCAUGCUGUGUUGUGGACGACCAUGGGACCACACCAUGCGUUCCUAAUAAAACACCAUGCCAAGACAGGAAUCAGCAUAUAUUUUAUGAUGCAAUUCACACAUCGGAAGCUGCAAAUGCCAUCAUAGCUAACCAAUGCUUCAGCCAGUCGUCCGUGUGCUCUCCGAUUAAUAUCCAACAACUCGCUGCAGUUCAAGGAAGAUAA